AUGACAGGGAACAAGAAGGGCGUGUGUUUUGAGAUAGCAUUGGCGGUUCCCAAAUGGGGUGAAAACAGAGGAGAUGAGAGAGAGGGAGCUCAUUGCGUUGAUGUUCUUGUUGAUGAGCUCAGGAAAAAUGGGCUCAUUGUUGAAAGAGAUGAUGGCCUUCAAAAUGAAUUCAUCAAGUUGGCAGCAUCGGAUGAAGUCAUUGGAAGGGCUGCAGCUGCAUUGCAGUUCAGAAAGCCAACUUAUUUAGGGAUGGAUCUUCCAUUUGAAUGGGAGGAGGCCGAGGCUUUCAUUAGGCUACCAGACGGCUCCUUGUUCAGUUGGUGCGAACGAUUCCAUUGCUACAAUCAUAUAAUAUACGGGAUUGUAAACACUGCAGAGUCUGUUGUAGUGCUGAGAUCUGAUAGUAAAGAAGAAAACUGGAAACCGGGGGAAUCUCUACUCCUGAAAUUAGAGGCAAUGGACGUCGUCAAAGAAGUAUUUCCACUGCAUGAUGAAAAGAAGCGAAAGCAACUCUUAAAAAGUUGGGCGAUGAACUGGUCAGACGUCACACACCAGCCAAUCGAUGAUAUUUGUGCCUAUUAUGGGAUGAAGAUCGCCACCUAUUUUACGUUCCUUGGGAUGUAUACAAGGUGGUUACUAUUUCCGGCUUCGCUGGGUCUUGUGGUGCAGUUGAUGGACUUUGGAUCGUUGCAAUUUGCGGUUCUUCCAUUUUUCUUCAUGUCCUUCAUAUCAUGGGUUGUCCUGUUUUUCCAAUUCUGGAAACGCAAGAAUGCAGCCAUUUCAGCUAGGCUGCAGAUAUAUAAUUCAGCCUCUUUGGAAUGCGAGUAUAGAUCUAUGAAACCGGAGCCAAGCUUGUCUCGGUUUCCCUCAGAACACAUGAGGAAACAAAAUAUAGAUAGAAUGAGAGAAAAGGCGAAUUUCCAGAGGCAAGAGUGGUUUACUUGGCUGCUAAGAGUAAGGAACGACGCCUUCAUCAUACUGAGCAUCAUAUGUCUCCAGCUACCGUUCGAGUUAACUUAUGCUCAUCUUUACGAGGAUCUAGGAACAGAUGUUCUAAAGUUUGGUCUAACGGCAGUUUACCUCCUCGUGAUCCAGUACUUCACAAGGAUGGGUGGCAAGGUUGCUGUGAAACUUAUUAAAUACGAAAAAUUCGACACUGCAGAGAACAAAGCAAACAGCUUAGUAUACAAGGUAUUUGGCGUCUAUUUCAUGCAAUCGUAUAUUGGAGUAUUUUAUCAUGCUCUACUGCAUCGUAAUAUCACAACUCUCCGACAACUUCUAAUCCAACGCCUGGUAAUAUCCGAGGUGAUUGAGAAUCUACUGGAAAAUGCUAUUCCGUAUUUGUCGUAUCGCUUCAAGAAAUACAGAGCUGUCAGGAACAAGGGAAAGCGAGACAAAGAGUCAUCAACUGGCAAAUCGCGCUUUACUAGGGUCGAGAAGGAGUACCUUAAACCUGCUUACAAUGCAAGUAUAGGCCAGGAAAUCGAAGAUGGACUUUUUGAUGAUUUUCUGGAGUUGGUGCUGCAGUUCGGAAUGAUCAUGAUGUUUGCUUGUGCAUUUCCUCUUGCAUUCGCCUUCGCAGCAAUGACUAACAUAACAGAGAUUAGAGCAGAUGCUCUGAAGUUGCUUGCAAUGAUGAGAAGGCCCACACCUCGUGCUGAAGAGACGAUUGGAGCAUGGCUAAAUAUUUUUCAGUUUCUGAUAGUGAUGUCGAUAUGCACUAAUAGCGCCCUCCUAGUAUGCAUGUAUGAUCGCGAAGGAAACUGGAACCUGUCGCCCGGGCUUGCUGCAAUCCUAGUCAUGGAACACGUUCUCUUGUUCAUCAAAUUUGGAUUCUCGCGCAUUGUCCCAGAAGAGCCGGCAUGGGUGAAAGCUGCUCGGGUGAAGAAUGCGACUCAAGCAGAACAGGUGUGUACUAGACAACUUUUGAGAAGCCUUUACGGUGAUGAGAAAUGCUUCGAUGAAGUAAGGUCUCAUGUAUCCAAAAAGGAUGCCUAGGGACGUUGAAUCGCCAGAACCGGCUUCGAUUCUGAGACCUCGUGAGUCGUGGAAUAUGAUCCAGCUCUCGCCUAUUGUAGGAUCUGCCCGGAAGAGGUGAGAGUGACCGGUGUGAUGGUCGUUGUCCGAACGGAACAGAUUGUUGUGUUAUGUGUGUGUUAUUACUUAGGGUUUUGUUUGCAAUUAGAGUAUGUGUUAUGUAACAAAAAUAGUUAUUGUUUGCCUAUGAUUUUGCUUGUCUGUAUGUA